AUGAUCAUCAUGACAUGCCUGCUUUCACUGGCAGUGCUGCUGCUGUGCUACUACAUUGGCCAUAUGGUGUAUAAACACUUGACCUAUUGGAAUAGAUUGGGUAUUGCUUGUGAACCUCCUCAUUGGUUAUUGGGAAAUUUUGCUGGGGUUACUACUCAACGAUCAUUCGAUGAAAUCUUUCAAAACUACUAUGACAAGUAUAAAUGUUGUGGCCCCUUCGCGGGUUUCUAUUGGUUUACCAAGGCGGGAGUUAUGGUCAUGGAUCCAGAGUUGGCAAAACACAUACUCAUUAAGGAUUUUUCCAAAUUCACGGAUCGUGUCAUGUAUUGUAAUGAGCAGGAUGAUCCUCUUACAGGUCAACUCUUCAAUUUACCCGGCCAGAGAUGGCGUCAUAUGCGCAACAAGUUAUCGCCCACAUUUACAGCGAAUAAAAUGAGGAUCAUGUUUCCUUUGGUCCUUAACAUAGGGCAAGAAUUUGUGCAAAUCUUCGAGCAAGAUUUGGAAUAUAGCGAUGUGCUGAAUGUUAGUGAUUUGGUGGCCCGCUUUACCACUGAUGUCAUAGGCUCCUGCGCCUUUGGCCUGGAAAUAAAAAGUUUGCAACAUCCCGGGGUAGAAUUUCGCAAAAUGAGCCGAAAGGCCUUCAUUCAGCAACGUUAUGGCACCUUGGGAUUUGUUUUACGUUUUGGAUUUCCCGAAAUGGCUCGAAGACUACACAUCAAGGAAACUAUGGCGGAUGUGGAGAAAUUCUUCAUGGAUAUAGUCAAGGAAACGAUUGACUUUCGCGAGCUACAUCAAAUAAGGCGCAAUGACUUUAUGGACACCUUAAUGGAUUUGAAAAAUAAUAAAAUUAUGAUAAACAAUUGCGGUGAGCAGUUGACCAAUCCUUUUUCCUUUGGUCAAAUAGCAGCUCAAGCUUUUGUCUUUCUGCUGGCUGGAUAUGAGACCUCCUCAACGACCAUGGGAUUUGCUCUCUAUGAAUUGGCACGAAAUCCUGAGAUACAAAUAAAGGCUAGAAAUGAAGUGAGAAAGGUAUUGGAGAAGCACAAACAAAUAUUCACCUAUGAGUGUGUAAAGGACAUGGAGUAUUUGGAGCAAAUAAUGCAAGAAACCCUUCGAAUGUAUACGAUUGCUCCGGCUUUGCUGCGCCAAGCUCUAGAAGACUAUGUGGUUCCAGGGUAUCCCCAUUAUGUGAUUAAAAAAGGCAUGCCAGUUUUUAUACCCUCCAGUGCCAUGCAUAAGGAUGGACGUUAUUUUCCUCAACCGCAUACUUUUAAUCCUGACAACUUUAGUCCCGAAAAGGUUGCCUCCCGGGAGUCAGGUUUGAAUUUAUCCUUUGGCGAUGGUCCACGUAAUUGCAUUGGAAUGCGUUUUGCCAAAAUGCAAAUUUUGGUAGGACUGGCCUUACUGCUGCAACACUUUGAAUUUGCUGUUUGCAAUAAAACUUUGAUUCCCAUGCAAUAUGAUAAGAAAAUAUUUAUGGUGUCUCCUGAGGGAGGUAUUUAUUUAAGAGUAACAAAAUUAUAG